AUGGGACAGCCACGUGCCUGCUGCCUGCUGUACGAUUUUCUGGGCUGCUGGCUCGAUUUUGGUCAUUUUCUGCGUGAAGAAGAAGGGAGAAAUCCAGGUUUAGAUUAUACAAAAACUUUUGCUCCUGUGAUCAAGUUAAGCACUGUUCGAGUAGUGUUAUCUUUGGCUCUUCUUCAUAAUUGGUGUAUGCAUCAAUUAGAUGUAUUUAAUGCCUUUCUACAUGGAGAGCUAAAUGAAGAUAUUUAUAUGUGGCAGCCCAAAGGUUUUGAACAUUCUGAUUAUCCACAACAUCAAUCUACCUCCGAUCACAGCAUAUUCACUUUUCGACAAGACAGUUCUAUUUUGAUACUUCCUAUUUAUGUUGACGACAUUGCUGUUUUUGGAUUCUCACAGCGGCUUGUUGAUGAUUUUAUCGAAUCCAUGAAAGCUGAAUUUGCAAUGAAAGAUCUUGGUUCCCUUCAUUACUUUUUAGGUGUGGAGAUAGUUCACAAUACUGCUGGGGCUCUUCUGCUGCAACGGAAAUAUAUAUCGAACCUUUUGCAUCGAUUUGAUUUGGCUGAAGUUAAGCCUGUCCAAACUCCUCUGUAUAGUAAGCUUGAUUGGCAUUCUGUGGAUACCCAACUUCUUGAUAAUCCUUUUAUGUAUCGUAAGAUGGUCGGAAGUCUUCAAUAUUUAUCCUUCACACGACCGGAUAUACAAUAUGCUGUGAAUAUGGCUUCCCAAUUUCUGCAUCAACCUCGUCUUAUUCAUUUUCAAGCCAUUAAGCGAAUCUUUCGCUAUCUUAAAGGCACUCCUGCUCAUGGGUUGCAGCUGAACAAAAAUACUUUCCACUCCUUAACUCCCUUCUUAGACUCGGACUGGGCGGGAUGUACAACAACUCGUCGCUCUACCUCUAGAUUUUGCAUUUUCCUUGGGAGUAAUUUGAUAUCUUGGUCUACAAAGAAACAACCAAUUGUUGUGCGCUUAAGCACCGAAGCUAAAUAUCGUGCUCUGGCUGUUGCCACUACCGAUGUUAUAUGGAUACAAUUUCUUCUCCGUGAAUUGGGUAUUUAUCUUCCCACUCCUAUUCUUGCCAAAUGUGAUAAUAUUGGCGCCAUCCAUCUUGCACAUAAUCCGGUCUUUCACUCAAGAUCAAAACAUGUUGCUUUGGACUAUCAUUUUAUUCGUGAAAAGAUUGCCCAAGGUGACCUUACGGUUUCUCAUGUUCCCACCUCACAACAACUUGCAGAUGUAUUUACGAAAGAUGUAUCUAUUACAAAAUUCAAGGCGUUUUGGGUCAAUCUUCAUGUUCGUUCCUCCUCUUCAGAUUGUGGGAGGGUGAUAAGGAUAUUAUUGUAA